GUGGCCUGCGCUUUAACCCUCCCCCCCCCUUUUUAAAAAAUGAACUACUAGUUGGACCACAGAGAUCCCAUGUUUACUUGUGGCUUUUCGCUCAGCAGGUAGUUUGUAAUGAGUAGGGCACGACCACGAUCGUCCCCGUGCAGAGGGGCUGCACUGGUCCACCGGCUGCUUCCAGGGACGGAGGCUGCGAUGGAGCGACCAAGGUGACCAAAUGCUCACCUUGUUAGCACCGGAUCCCACCCUAACCCUGCUGGUCCGUAGGGGAAGAUUCUCUGGGCGCCUCACGCGUGCAGCUGUCACUGCCGACCGGCCCAGAGGGAAGCACAGACCUGGGCAGCACAGGCCGCUCGGUGGGUGUCCGUCGGUGCGGAGCCGGCUACACCGCGCGCGUCACCCGUUUGCGGGACCGGAACGUAAAGCCGCGGGCGCACCCCGCACUGCACUCCGCCGGAGGACACACUUCUGCGUCCUCCCUUGGCCGCGCGCGCCCGGAACCCUGCGUCGCGGACGCGUUUCCGGAGGGGCGAAUUUGGCGACGGACGCCAUCGUGCGUAGUUCCGGCGGCGACUGCGAACAUGGCGGUGAGCGGCGAGGACCUGGUUGACCCUCGUGCCGCCCUUCCCUCCGCAUCCCCCGGUCCGCCCUGCCCGGGACGCGGCCGUGACGGCGCCGCCGCCUCGCGGAAGCCCAAAAAGAAGGAGAAGGCCCGGAGCGCAGCGAGUGUGCGGGACGGCGGCGACCCGGUCGCGGAGGGCGCCCCGCCGAGCGCCGAGGCCCAGGCCGAGCAGCUGGCCCGGGAGCUGGCCUGGUGUGUGGAGCAGCUGGAGCUGGGCCUGAGGACGCGGAAAGCCACGGAGAGACAGAGAGAGCAGGCCUCCAGCGCCCUGCGGAGCCUGCGCAGCGAGCGGACGCCCCUGCCCCGCAAGCGGCAGCUGAUGCGCACCUUAUUCGGAGACUACCGUGCCCGCAUGGAAGCCGAGUCCCUGGAGGCGCUGCGGUCCCUUCGGGCUGCUUCUCGGGCCGCGCGGGUGCAGCCUGUCGCAGAGGCCGCCAGGAAGAAGAGCCGGAAGGUCUGCAGGCUCCGUCCAGCUCCUAGAGCUGAGGCCACUGUGGACACGCCUGAGGAAGAGUUUAAGUUCAAUUUCUUCUAGUCUUUGCGGUGCAUCCUAUGGUGCUGUGUGGAGGUCUGGGUGGAUGCAGGCCUGGUGCCUGGGUCCAGUCCAUCAGGCCAAUGCAGGUGUCCACAUCCCCCCCAAGAGGGAGAGAGGAAGGGUGAGCAUGCUCUUCAGGAGUUUAUCAAGUAUCUUGCCAAUCGGACUUGUUGGAAAGCUGCAUUUUGUACACUGGUGCUUAAAUUUGAUACCGUGCACAUUAAAUAUUUCAUUGUUUAA